AUGCGAUUGUUACUUUCCUUGUUUAUACUGUCAGCCAUCGUGGUGGCGACACGUGGUGAUGAAUGUGCAUCACUUGGUAGGGAUGCCUGUCAGAGCAAUUUGAACUGUCAAUAUUUAAGUUUCCUGUCGUGUUGUGGCGACUCGCAGCAGUUCUGUGUGUCCAACCAGAACUGUGCACAGCAGAUAAGCUGUGGAAAGGAUGCCGGUGGAAAGAUCUGGGAGUUCUGGACAUCGUGCAAGCCACUUGGUUUCACCGAUUACCGUAUUCCAAACGACACCUGUGAAUCUUUGAGAUGUGAGGCCCAAGGCAGAACCUGUGAGUGGGCCCCAUCCGAGCCAUGCUACGGUACCUCCUGUUGCCCAAGAGUUGCCAGAUGUUCUGGAUCCUCAUCAUCAUCCUCAUCGACCUCCGGUGGAAUCGACCUCUGCAACGGAUACCAAUGCCCAGGCGGUAUGCACUGCAUCGUUGACAACAACCAGGCCAAGUGCAUCUACACCUCGUCCGGUUCUAGCUCAUCUUCCUCAUCCUCAUCUGGCUCGUCGACCUCGGGUGGUAUCGAUCUCUGCAACGGCGUCGUCUGCCCAGGCGGCACCCACUGCAUCGUCGACAACAACCAGGCCAAGUGCAUCUACACCUCGUCUGGUGCCUCAUCCGGUACCUCUGGCACCUCAUCCGGUUCAUCUGGUACUACCGGCAGCCUCUGCUCCAUCCUCGAGUGCCCAGAGGGAUACGAGUGCGUCGUGAGAAACGGCCGCGCCACCUGCAUCCUCUGCGAGCCACAGCCACCCGUCACCUGUGAGCACCUCAAGUGUGCCAACGGCUUUGAGUGUCUGAUGAUCAACAACGUUGCCACCUGUAUCGCCAAGGAUGUCUGCGCUGGCGUCGUCUGCCAGGCCGGCUUCACCUGCAAGAACCAGGGCGGCAGCGCAUGCUGUGUCAAGCCAACCAACUGCUCGCAGCUCACCUGUGGUGAGGAGUGUCUGAUCAACCCAGACUGCACCCUGUUCACCACCAAGUCCUGCUGUGGCGCCGACCUUAAGGUCUGUGUCAACAAGAGACCAGAGGGCUGUUUCGACCUGCCCGAGGUUCAGUGCGGUGUCUACUCAAGAAACGGAGAGAUCUACGAGAUUGCCAACACCUGUUUCCCACGUGAGGACUUCAUCCAGUACUUCCCAAUCCGUAGCAGAGAGACCUGCCAGACUCUCAACUGUGAGCUCCUCGGCCUCGAGUGUCGCUACGUCAACACCAGCAAGUGCGCCAACGAGCCAUGUUGCCCAACCGUCCCAGGCUGUUUCCCAAGAGCCACCGUCCCCAUCGACCCAGAGUGCCCACCACAGACCUGUGACACCUUGAGGUGUGCCGCUGAUGAGGCCUGCUGCCAACCAUCGCCAAACCUUGAGGCAAGAUGCCUCAAGUUGUGCGACUUUGCCAACUGCGCCCCAGGCACCAAGUGUAUCCUUGUCAACAGCCAGCCACAAUGUAUUGCCGGCAUCUAA